CCGGAAGUGGCCGAAGCAAAGUGGGCUGAGGCCUGAGCCGGGGCUACUACGCGCGGCUCAGACACCGGGGCCGCCGCCAUGAGCUGGAUUCCAUUCAAGAUCGGGCAGCCCAAGAAGCAGAUUGUUCCCAAGACAGUGGAGAGAGACUUUGAAAGAGAAUAUGGAAAACUACAGCAGCUGGAGGAUCAGACCAAGAAGCUGCAGAAAGACCUGAAGAAGAGCACUGAUGCUGACCUAGCCAUGUCCAAAUCAGCUGUGAAGAUCUCUUCUGAUCUCCUCUCCAACCCACUUUGUGAGCAAGACCAGGAAUUUUUAAACAUGGUGACCGCGCUAGAUACAGCUAUGAAACGGAUGGACGCCUUUAACCAAGAAAAGGUGAACCAGAUCCAAAAGACAGUGAUUGAGCCCUUAAAAAAGUUUGGUAGCGUCUUCCCGAGCCUCAACAUGGCUGUGAAGAGGCGGGAACAGGCCCUGCAGGACUACAAGCGACUGCAAUCCAAAGUAGAAAAGUAUGAGGAGAAGGAAAAGACAGGGCCAGUUCUGGCAAAACUCCACCAGGUUCGGGAAGAGCUUCGGCCUGUGAAGGACGACUUUGAAGCCAAGAACCGACAGCUCUUGGAGGAGAUGCCACGUUUCUACAGCAGCCGACUUGACUACUUCCAGCCAAGUUUUGAGUCACUGAUCCGGGCCCAGGUCGUGUACUACACUGAGAUGCACAAGAUCUUCAGGGACUUAACCCAACAGCUUGACCAACCAGGCCAUACAGAUGAGCAGAGGGAGCAAGAGAACGAGACCAAGCUGAGCGAGCUCCGAGCCCUCUCCAUCGUGGCUGAUGACUGAAAGCCCCGGGGCCAGACGUCCUCGCCCCACACACUCUCAGACCCGGCAAAGCCGCAACACUUUGCCAGAACUGCACUGACAAGGGGAGCCAAGGCCGCCUCUGCUCCCUCUCACUGGCCCUCAGACCCAGUCUAACCCUCUUGCCGGAGAGCUCCUCCCCACUCCCGCCCUAGGUGCCAGGCCACAGCCUCCUGCAGAGGAGCACAAGGGGACAGGGAAAGUUAGUAUAAAAGCCCCAGCUGUGAGGACUUUUAUUUCCAAAACUGGUCCAGCAUAGACCUGUCUCCUGCCUCCAGCCCAGAGCAGUAGGUCUGUGAACAAGAGCACGGUCUGGGCCGGGACAUCAGUCAGGUGUUUCUUCGCUUUUAGGCCAGUCAGUGUGCUGGUUUGCUUUAUUGUAUUGCCUUAGUCCUGCUUCUGAUGAACCUUUCCCUUCAAACGCCCAUCUGUCUGAGUUAAGAGCGAGGAGACAAACCACAGCCCUUGUCUUCUGUGUUCUGCCCAAGCGUCUAAGUGUUAAGGAAAAGCUAUGCUGUCUGACCUUCUUCCAGUCUUCAUCCUGUGCCUCAAACAAAUGAAGGGAAGAAUCCAAAGUUUCCCACUGGAGAUUACUACCUUUUGAGGUCUGGGAACUAGUUUAAAAUGUCCAUUUAAUGCUGUUUUUCUAUUCACCUAUCAACUCAGGAAUCCCCUGGAAAGGGCAAAAAGUCUGGGUUCCCCCAACUUCAAAACUGGGGACUUUAUUUUUUCAAUGAAACUUAAAAUAAAGCCUAUCCGUAUU